UGCUCCGCAUACUUUCUUAUAGUCACGUGAUUAAAUGGAAUGAAACAUGGAAAGAUGGCGGAAUUCCAGUGGAAUAGUAAUUCAUAGAGAUGCCUUAGUAAGGUUUUAUUUUCAUUCCUUUUGAACUUUUAAAUCAUUCAGUCAUGCAGAAGAACGUGAAAACAAAGAACGUGUUCCUAUCUGGUGCUUUACAAAGAAUUCUACUCGAUAAAGAAACAAAAGUCUCAUCAUUCACAACUAAAGAAAGCUUGCGAAACGGCUUUAGGUAUAAAUCCAUAAAGGAAAUAAACGCUGUUCAAGGAAAUGAAAAAUCUACAGGGAAUGUUUCUUCUGCAACUCUACCUCCACUACCUGGUCAGCAAACAUUCAUUACAGCAGAUCAAUAUUUUCUUCCUUUUGAGUUGGCUUGUCAAACAAAAUGUGCCAGGAUUGUCACCAUUGCACUUGACUGUAUACAAAAACUCAUUGCUUAUGGUCAUAUUGUUGGCGAUACACCAGACUCCAUUGAACCAGAGAGGCGUUUAAUUGACAGAAUUAUCAAGACUAUUUGUACUUGCUUUACCAGUAUAAAUACUGAUGUAAAUGUUCAAAUACAAAUUAUAAAGGCUCUUCUAACAGCUGUUACAUCAAGUACUUGUGAAGUUCAUGAAGGAACUUUACUUCAAGCAGUUAGAACAGUUUACAACAUUUGCCUUGCCAGUAAAAGUCUUAUUAGUCAAACAACAGCAAAGGCAACACUGACGAAAUGA